AUGCUUGUUCUGUUCCAUGCCAUGGUCACGCCACUGCUCUGCGUCAUCCGUGCUGCCCCCCUUCCCAGCGCCAGUACCCAGUCCAACGCCACCGAUGUCCUCUGGGACGAGACCCCCCUGAGGGACUGGGACCUCUUUUCUCCGCGUGUCACUCUUUCCAACAGCGAACCGGCAGAGCCGCCCUUGCUUUUCCUCAUGGAGGACUCCAGCGCCCAGCCGGCGCAGGCCGCAAACCGGACUCUCAGGUCCAAGCGGUCGUUGGACGGAUCCCUCCGCCGGGGAGAAAUGUCGGUGUGCGACAGCGUCAACGUCUGGGUGACCAACAAGCGGACAGCCGUCGACAUCCGCGCCAAAACCGUAACGGUGCUUUCCGAGGUCCAGACCCUGACCGGCCCGCUGAAGCAAUAUUUCUUCGAGACCAAGUGUAACCCGGCUGGGGGCACGGCGAGUGGCUGCCGGGGUGUGGACCGCCGACACUGGAUCUCUGAGUGCAAGGCCAAGCAGUCGUACGUGAGGGCCCUCACCAUGGAUUCUGACAAGAUCGUGACCUGGCGCUGGAUUCGCAUCGACACCGCGUGCGUCUGCACCCUGCUCACUCGUACUGGUCGGACGUAG